GUAUAAUUUUAAUAUUUAUUAAUUACUGAGUAUGAUUGUCACCAAGAUUUUGGAUGCGUCACGGAUGCCUUCUCCUCCCUUCUCUCCUUUCCUUCCCUCCCUUUUUGGUAGGCUCUCCCUGCGGAUUUGCGCCUUGCCGAGCGAUGCGGCUUGCUUGACUCCCGUGGGCCAUGCCCUCGCGCGGCUGCUGCGAGGCUUGGGGACCCUCGAGCUUGCUGGAUCGCCCUUGGGCUGCGCGAUCGUGAGUGCGCAGCGGUUGAUGGGCGCCUAUGAGGAGACGGCUCUGCCUUCGCCCCUGCUGAGUGCCUCUGACGUGGUUUGGGCGCUUUACACUCGCCUGGCCAUGUGUGGCAAGAGUGGACGAGGUCGUCACAAGUUUCAUCCGCAAUGGCCUCAAGUAGAGGCUUUGCUGCUCACCUGUGCCUCGCUCGCCGCCCGGGCAGGGGUUCAUGUGGCAGGUGGCGACCCCCGCGGGAAUUGCAGGCACUAUUCAGCCUUGCUCUCUUGGGCCUAUAAGCUCUUGUCGGCCGCCUGAACCGCACUUGGUUUGGAUUGUGAAAGUGAUUUUGCUCGCACAAUCUCGCAUGUGUGGACUCCCCAAAGCAUGGCCCUGUCAGUGGCACACAGUUGGAUAUUGGAUUGGACAGGAUAUUUUUGAUAUUUAAUCAUUACUUCAUUUGAUUGAUUGGAUGGCCACUGGCCACCAAAUUUGAGAUUAGCUUCAAGAGAACCAAAAUGACAAGAAGAUCAGAGUCUGAGACCAAUCAAUCCCAUCCAAUCCGUCACCACCGGACUGAUAGACAGCAUUCCAUCACGGCUCGACCUUUUUCCAGCACGGAGCCUAGGCUUCCAACCACUAUUGUUUUACUGGUUUCUACACUACAAAACCAGUUCGUUCCCAUCUUUGUCCCCAAACUCGGGGUUUCUUCUAGACCUUUGACCUUAGACCUUUAGACACACCGUUUGGGUUUCUCUUGCCGGGAUCAUUUCACGGUCCAACGGACGUUGUUUCGGCCGCUCGACGCCACCACUCGCUUGGUCCAACCGCGCAGCGCAGCGCGGCCGAUGGAGGCGCUGUUCGGGG